CUCCUUCAUUUCUCUAUAGUAAGAAAAAUCACAUCUCUUAUAUCUUCUUAAACUUGUUAUGUACUUGCUUCUUGCCUACCAUUGCUAAUUGCUUGUCUUCUAUCUUAUGUGUGGGCACAUCAAUUUGUAGCUUUGCCAAAAUGAGAGGCAUCAACGUUAUGGCUGAAGUCGAUGUCCCUGGUCAUGCAGAAUCAUGGGGAGCUGGAUAUCCUGAUCUUUGGCCAUCUUCUUCCUGCAGAGAGCCACUUGAUGUUUCAAAAAAGUUUACUUUUGAUGUCAUUUCUGGCAUUCUGGCAGAUAUCAGAAAAAUUUUCCCAUUCGAGCUCUUCCACUUGGGUGGUGAUGAGGUUAAUACAGGUUAUUAUGACUGGCUUUCUUGUUGUUUCCAGACAUUGUCGCUUCUUUUAAGACAGAAAUAUAUAAUUAUUUGCUCUUGAAAAUCUGGGAUGGAGAAAAGAAAAUUUUAUCAGAGACCUUUUUUAGCUUGUCUACAAAUCAGUGUAAGUAAAAGCAUGCUCUGAAGUGUUAAGAUGAGAUGAAACCCCCUCUAGUACUGUUGAUUUUUUGCUCUCAUACCUUCUGGAAUUUAUUAAUACUAGGACUCUAUUCUUACAGAUUGCUGGAGCUAUACUCCUCAUGUGAAAAAAUGGCUGGGUGAUCACAACAUGUCUACGAAGGAUGCAUACCAAUAUUUCGUACUCAGAGCACAAGAAAUAGCAAUUUCACAAAACUGGACACCUGUUAACUGGGAAGAAACUUUCAAUACUUUUGCUGCAAACCUUAAUCCUCGUACUGUAGUGCAUAAUUGGUUGGGCCCUGGGGUAUGUCCAAAGGCUGUGGCCAAAGGAUUCAGAUGCAUUUUCAGCAAUCAAGGUGUUUGGUAUCUUGAUCAUCUCGAUGUCCCUUGGGAAAAAGUCUAUACUGCGGAGCCACUAGAGGGAAUAAAUGAUGCUUCCAAGCAGAAGCUUGUUCUCGGAGGAGAAGUUUGCAUGUGGGGUGAGACAGCUGAUACCUCAGAUGUCCAGCAAACAAUAUGGCCUCGAGCUGCUGCGGCAGCAGAGCGCUUGUGGAGCAGAAGGGAGGCUAUCUCUACAGGAAACGCUACCUUAACUGCAUUACCAAGGCUACAUUAUUUCCGAUGCCUUCUGAAUAGGCGUGGGGUUCAGGCUGCUCCAGUCACAAAUAAGUAUGCCAGAACACCCCCAACGGGUCCUGGGUCAUGCUACGAGCAAUAAUUCUUCUGUCAUCCCAUGCGUCCAAUGCUGCAUAUACCAUAUAUGUCCACAUGUAAAUAAAUGUAUGAUCAUGCCAAGAAACUUCAUCAUGUCUCGAAACUUCUUCAAUUCAUCAUGUCAUAUUUUACUAUUUCACAAUCUUGAGACCUGAAAGUUGAAAUGAAUCCCAGAGUCUGCUUGCUCGGUUCUUCAAUGUCGUUCUACUUGUGGUUUCUCCUAUAUAUAGAAACAAAUCACAAUCAUUUGCCAACUAAUUUUGUCAUUCUGCUACCUUUCAUCGUCUAUAUUGUAACUUGUGGGUUUGAGUGUCGCUUUAUACACUAUGGAAUUUGAUGUAAUCUGCAGGGUGUAUGUGUCUUAUAAUAAUUGAAGGAGGAGAUU